GUGAUAGCACCAGUCAGGGCAGCAAGAUGACGAGCCUGUUCAGGCGAAGCAGCAGUAAUGGAGGCUCCAGGGGAGGUGAAGGAGGAGGGGGAGGUGGCGGUGGUUCUACCCCAGGAGAGCUCAACAACAGCCGGCCUAACCGACAGGUGCGGCGCCUGGAGUUCAACCAGGCAAUGGAGGACUUCAAGAUCAUGUUCCCCACCAUGGAUUACGAGGUCAUCGAGUGCGUCCUGCGCUCCAACAACGGGGCGGUGGACGCCACCAUCGACCAGCUCCUCCAGAUGAGCAUCGACGGAGACGGAUCGGAUGACAGCUCUGACUCCGAUGACAGCAUCCCACCAGAGGUCAGUCAGUGCAGGGUCAAGGCUUCUACAUGCUUUGGUUCGGCUAGACGAACCGAACGAGUGUGCUCGCAUACUCCCUUAAAAGACCUUCGCUUGAAAAAGUAGAAAAAAGCGGCAAUAUUUUGUCCAUCUUGAGACGCCAAGUGAAGACCCUUGCCAGCUGGUCAGCUCAUGCUCUGAGUACGCCUCCUGAUAUUCCGUCUGGCCCCGCGGCCUUGCGAAUGUUAACCUGUUUAAAGGUCUUACUCACAUCGGCUAUGGAGAGGGAGAUCACACAGUCGUCUGGAACAGCUGGUGCUCUUAUGCAUGGUGCGCUUAUCAAUGUUGCUUGCCUCAAAGUGAGCAUAGAAGGCAUUUACCUUGUCUGUUAGGCUUGCGUCGCUGGGCAGCUCGCGGCUGGGUUUCCCAUUAUAAUCUGUGAUAGUUUGCAAGCCCUGCCACAUCCGUCGAGCAUCAGAGCCAGCAUAGUAAGAUUCAAUCUUAGUCCUGUAUUGACGCUUUGCCUGUUUAAUAGCUUGUCGUAGGUCGUAGUGGGAUUUCUUAUAAGUGUCUGGAUUAGUGUCCCGCUCCUUGAAAGCAGCAGCUCUAGCCUUUACUCAGUGCAGAUUUUGACUGUAAUCCAUGGGUUGUAGUUGGGGUAUGUACGUACGGUCACUGUGGGGACGACGUCGUCGAUGCUGUUAUUAAUGAAGCCGGUGACUGAUGUGGUAAACUCCUCAAUGUUAUCGGAUGAAUCACGGAACACAUCUAAUCUGUGCUAGCGAAACAGUCCUGGAGCAUAACAUCCGCUUCAUCAGACCACUUCCAUAGUGGUACUGGUACUUCCUGUUUGAGUUUUUGCUUGUAAGCAGGAAGCAGAAGGAUAGAGUUAUGGUCUGAUUUGCCAAAGGGAAGGCAAGGGAGGGGCUUGUAUGCGUUUCUGUUUGUGCAAUAAAGAUGAUCUAGAGUUUUGUCACCUCUAGUUGCACAGGUGACAUGCUGGUAAAAAGUUGGUUAAACAGAUUUCAGUUUCCCUGCAUUAAAAUCACCGGCCAUGAGAAACGCCGCCUCUGAAUGUGCAUUUUCUUGUUUGCUUAUGGCCCUAUACAGCUCGUUGAGUGCGGUUUCGGUUUGUGGUGGUAAAUAGACAGCUACAAAAAAUAUAGAUGAGAGCUCUCUUGGUAAAUAGUAUGGUCUGCAGCGUAUCAUGAGGUAUUCUAACUCAGACAAGCAAACCUCAAGACUUCCUUAACAUUAGAGAUCGCGCACCAGCUGUUGUCAAUGAAGAGACACCCCCAUCCUCCCUUCGUCUUACCCAAGUUUGCAGUCUGGUCUUGAUGAUACAUAGAAAAACCAGCGAGAUGUAUAUCCAUGUCCUCGUUCAGCCACGACGCUGAGAAACAUAGGGUAUUACAGUUUUUCAGGUUGAUAGGAUAGUCUCGAAUGGAGCUCAUCCAGUUUGUUUUCCUGUGAUUUCACGUUCGCCAAUAGAACAGAGGGCAAUGGCGGUCUAUUUGCGCGCCGACUUAGUCACGUCAGGGAUCUGGGUCGCCUGCCUCUCUUUCGCCGCAGCUUCCUCUUUCGAGUCCUGGGAAUUAGGGUCUGGUCCGGAGUAAGCAGAACGUAGAAAUGUUUGUCCAAAUCGAGGUUAGUGAUCGUUGUUCUGACGUCCAGAAGCUGCUUCCUUCAUAGGAAAUGAUGGUGAAGACAUUAUAUACAAAAGUUAGGAUCAUCGUAAAAAACACACAAAAUUGCAGAAUUGGUCAGGAGUAUGUAAGACUGCUGCUAUCCACUGCAGCGCCAUCAUGUUGGACAUAAAAUACUGUAAAAUCACCAGGAAAUCUGCUCAAAGUAGGGUUGGGCGGUACCUAGAUUUUCAUACUGUCAUACCCUUUCUGUACCAUACCGAGGUAUACGGUAUUACCGGAAGUGCACACAAAAGGCGCUAUUUCUUAAAGAAAAUAAAUUCGGGCAACAUGGAUCUCGAUCCAGGAGGGGAUUGAUUGUCUCUGCUGUAACCAAGAAGCUUGAUCUUGCCACUUAGCUAACAAGUUAGCAAACCAAAUGCAUAGCUGAAGCCCUGAUCUGGAUAUCAUUUAUUUGACACAUCUAAGAUAGUUAUAGUUAGUUAUAAGCAGUGGCAUCGCAUGCACCGAUGGUAUGUCUAAACAGCCCGGUAUAUACGGUAUAUCGCCCAAGCUUAGUUCAAAGUUAAUUUUAUUUACGAAAUAUGUUCCCAAGUAUUCCCACGCAUAAAUAGAGAGCCAUAUGUGAUCGUAUCCCAAUGUAUUCAAGGUUUGAAAUGAUUCUGUUUUUGUCAAAUACUAUAUCGGUUUGGGAAUCAGUUUGCAGUGUACAAAUUAUUUAGAACUAUGUUCCGACCCUCCACUCAAGGAAAAAUCGGCCCAUGGCUGAUUGUAAUUGGGGACCCCCGCGUCACAUCCUCUGCUGGCCUACAUUUACAUUUACGUCAUUUAGCAGAUGCUCUUAUCCAGAGCGACUUACAGUUAGUGAGUGCAUACAUGUUUUCAUACUGGCCCCCCGUGGGAAACGAACCCACAACCCUGGCGUUGCAAGCGCCAUGCUCUACCACCUGAGCUACACGGGGCCUACUGCCUCACUCUCUCCCCUCCUGUUCUUGUUGUAGUCUAGGUAUUAAUCAAUAAUGCAUUGUGUACCACUACCACACACAAAAAAGAAGAAAGUAACUGCAACCUAUGUUGUCCCUCUAGAAUAUGUAGUUGAAGUCGGAAGUUUACAUACACCUUAGCCAAAUACAUUUAAACUCAGUUUUUCGCAAUUCCUGACAUUUAAUCCUAGUAAAAAUUCCCUGUUUUAGGUCAGUCAGGAUCAACACUUUAUUUGAAGAAUGUGAAAUGUCAGCAUAAUAGUAGAGAGUGAUUAAUUUCAGCUUUUAUUUCUUUCAUCACAUUCCCAGUGGGUCAGAAGCGUUACAUACACUCAAUUAGUAUUUGGUAGCAUUUUUCCACAACUUUGGAAGUAUUCUUGGGGUCAUUGUCCAUUUGGAAGACCCAUUUGCGACCAAGCUUUAACUUCCUGACUGACGUCUUGAGAUGUUGCUUCAAUAUAUCCACAUAAUUUUCCUUCUUCAUGAUGCCAUCUAUUUUGUGAAGUGCACCAGUCCCUCCUGCAGCAAAGCACCCCCACAGCAUGAUGCUGCCACCCCCGUGCUUCACGGUUGGGAUGGUGUUCUUCGGCUUGCAAGCCUUCCCCCUUUUCCUCCAAACAUAACGAUGGUCAUUAUGGCCAAACAGUUCUAUUUUUGUUUCAUCAGGCCAGAGGACAUUUCUCCAAAAAGUACUAUCUUUGUCCCCAUGUGCAGUUGUAAACCGUAGUCUAGCUUUUUUAUGGUGGUUUUGGAGCAGUGGCUUCUUCCUUGCUGAGCGGCCUUUCAGGUUAUGUCGAUAUAGGACUCGUUUUACUGUGGAUAUAGAUACUGUUGUACCUGUUUCCUCCAGCAUCUUCACAAGGUCCUUUGCUGUUGUUCUGGGAUUGAUUUGCACUUUUCGCACCAAAGUACGUUCAUCUCUAGGAGACAGAACGGGUCUCCUUCCUGAACGGUAUGACGGCUGCGUGGUCCCAUGGUGUUUAUACUUGCGUACUAUUGUUUGUACAGAUGAACGUGGUACCUUCAGGCAUUUGGAAAUUGCUCCCAAGGAUGAACCAGACUUGUGGAGGUCUACAAAAUUUUUUCUGAGGUUUUGGCUGAUUUCUUUUGAUUUUCCCUUGAUGUCAAGCAAAGAGGCACUGAGUUUGAAGGUAGGCCUUGAAAUACAUCCACAGGUACACCUCCAAUUGACUCAAAUGAUGUCAAUUAGCCUAUCAGAAGCUUCUAAAGCCAUGACAUCAUUUUCUGGAAUUUUCCAAGCUGUUUAAAGGCACAGUCAACUUAGUGUAUGUAAACUUCUGUAGGCUUCUUCCUUGCUGAGCGGCCUUUCAGGUUAUGUCAAUAUAGGAUAUAGAUACUUUUGUACCUGUUUCCUGGAAUUGUGAUACAGUGAAUUAUAAGUGAAAUAAUCUGUCUGUAAACAAUUUUUGGAAAAAUGACUUGUGUCAUGCACAAUGUAGAUGUCCUAACCGACUUGCCAAAACUAUAGUUUGUAAACAAGACAUUUGUGGAGUGGUUGAAAAACAAGUUUUAAUGACUCCAACCUAAGUGUAUGUAAACUUCCGACUUCAAUUGUAUAUAGUAAAGGCAGCAGUAAUGCCUAAAAGUAGUGCUGUUUUGUGUGCUCCAGUUACCUUAUCAGACAGUAACCCAACCAGUUUCUCUCUUAAAACUGAAAUUAUUAAUCUUACUGACAUGACUGAUUUCAUUGGGUAAAUGUGUAUUAAUGUUAUUGAUCAGGGCCAUACUCUCUCUUGGUCUCCUCCAUUCCCUGGGCCAGAUUCUUGAGCGGACAUUAGAACCGUACAGUUCCGACGAGGAACCUCCCCCCGUCUACUCCCCGCCCACUUAUGACAUGCACAUCUACGACAGAAAGUACCCAGAGGACCCACCCACUCCUCCACCCAGGUAAAUUGUCAUACUGUCACAGGAGGCUAGUGGGAAGAGCUAUAGGAGGACAGGCUCUUUGUAAUGUCUGGAAUGGAGUCAAACACGUUGUUUGACGUGUUUGGUACCAUUCCAUUUAUUCCGUUCCAGACAUUACCAUGACCCCUUCCUCCUAUAUGUCCUCCCACCAGCCUCCUCUGUCCUAUACUAUACAGUUCAACAGAUCUACACAAUGCCCAGAGAAGAGUUUAACCUAUCAGUCGUCUGUCUAUGGUAAUACUUUAAUCCUGUAUAGAAUAUGGGCAUCUCGAACAUGCACACUGAUUACUUUAUGAAAGGGAGGAAGGAAGGAUUCAUGUUUUAAAAAUCCCAACAGGAGCUUUUGUGCACAUGCAACCCCCUAGCCUGUACUCUUUAAAGCCCAGAGGAACAGAGGAAGUGGUCCUAUGGGACCCUGGAAUUUACAUGCUCAGGGGCCUGUGGAAAUCACAGCCGACCACAUGCUGUUAUAGUUAGUCAAGGCUCCACCUGGUGGCCAUUUUAAGAACUGUGCAAUUCUGUCUCCAGCUGGUGUGUGUGCGUGCGUGCAUGUUUGUGUAAUUGGUGCUUGUGUAUCACUGGACCAGUUAAUAACAAUCCUCCAUGUAAAUGAAUUUGCAUCAAGCCUCCGUGUCAAUGAUUUAUGAUUCAUGACAAUGUCCACAUUUGUUCUGCUUCACGCCACCAGCUGAGAGAUUCACAGUAAUUUACUUCUUGGACUGUACAAAGUGGUGUGUUAAAUGUGGUGACUGCUGCUCAAAGGGGAUUUUAUUGUAAAGACAAACAUACAUUAUUAUUUGUGUUUUCAUGCAUUGCUUACUUUUCACAGCAUCAAUACACAAUGUGUGAUGUGUACAUUUAGUUUUAUUCUAGUAUGACAUGGCAUAUGAAUCUCUAUCUAGUCUGAUCCUAACCUUUGACCCUUGUCUGACCUAGGUUCGAGGCCCAGCCACCUCCAGGUCACCGGCAGGUCCGCAGCUACAGGAACUGGAAUCCGCCGUUGCUUGGCAACCUGCCAGAUGAUUUCCUGCGGAUCCUGCCACAGCAACUGGACAAUAUACAGGUACACAGUGGAUGUGAAGAAAACCACACACACACAAAAAAAUACAUUAGCAGUAUGACAUCAUCAUUAACAGCAGGGUGACAUCCUGCUUACAGAAAUCAAUAGCAACUAAAUUCAACCUCUCUUUCUCCAUCUCUCCUCCUCUAGGGCUCACAGAGCAGUCUGUCCCAGCCUUCCUCCAUCGCCCAGCGGACAGCCCAGGGAGGUGUCUCCAGGCCAGCGGCUGGUGGAGCCCUAGGGGCCCCUGGAGGGCCAGGCGGUGCCGGGGGCGUGGCGGGGGCAGGCACGGAGCAGGAGCGUAAACUGAAACAGUACCUGGAUGAUGAACGCAUCGCUCUGUUCCUCCAGAACGAGGAGUUCAUGAGGGAGCUGCAGCGCAACCGCGAGUUCCUCGUCGCCCUGGAGAGAGGUGUGUGUCAUGCACAGAUAGGCAUACAUGGUCACCUGCAUGAUAUACUUUUAACACACUGAAUACAUGUUCAGGACACAGUAGGCUAGUACAGUAGUCAAGUUUAUGCUUUCUACGGAGCAAGUCCGCUACUGUUGAAAAUGCUCUUGGGCGGCAGGUAGCUUAGUGGUUAAGAGCGUUGUGCCAGUAACUGAAAGGUCGCUGGUUCUAAUCCCCGAGCCGACUAGGUGAAAAAUCUGUCGAUAUGCCCUUGAGCAAGGCACUUAACCCUAAUUGCUCCUGUAAGUCGCUCUGGAUAAGAGCGUCUGCUAAAUGACUAAAAUGUUAUGCUAGUUGCAAAGUCCCUUGUCUAUAUCAUGAUGUUUCAUCCUAGUUGAAAUUUGGGAACCAUGUCCCACUUUCAUAAAGGUUUCUUAAUAAUAAUGUACAUUAGAUGCUGCUAUGUGUCCCAUAUUGCGUCAUAACAUCCAGCUCUCUCUGUUUUAGAUCGCUUGAAGUAUGAAUCAAAGAAAUCCAAGUCCAAUCAUUCAUCCGCUUACAUGGAGAAUUCCACAGCA